AUGUCAAACAUCGAAACAGACGGUCUCUCCGUCACUUAUUCCUCUGACCGAACUGGAUCUCCGGAUCUACGGCUAAUCCACUAUAAUGAUGUCUACCACGUCGAGUCUGGCUCUGCUGAACCUGUCGGCGGGGUGUCUCGGUUUCAAUCCCUCGUGAAUCACUACCGUUAUCACCCACAGUUCGCUGGUCAGCCCGAUAUUCUGACCCUCUUCUCCGGCGAUGCUUUCAACCCGAGUAUCGAAAGUACAAUCACAAAGGGCAGGCAUAUGGUACCAUUCCUCAACAAAGUGGGCACCGAUGUAGCGUGUGUGGGUAAUCAUGAUCUCGAUUUUGGAGUCGUCCAAUUCCGCCAUUUGGCCAGCCAAUGUCACUUUCCUUGGCUUUUAGCAAACGUUCUUGACCCAGCACUAGGGGAAGAUACCCCAAUAGCUGACAGCGGAAAGUCUCGCAUGUUGAUCUCAUCCAAUGGGCUCAAGAUUGGCGUAUUGGGUCUUGGAGAACGAGAAUGGCUCGGCACAAUCAACUCUCUUCCGCCUGAUCUGGUCUACAAAUCCGCAUCUCAAACGGCCCUGGUUCUUGCGAAACAACUUCGAGACGAGGGAGCAGACCUCGUAGUCGCUGUCACCCACCAACGUGAACCGAAUGACUUUAAACUGGCUAACAACCUGUCACCCGAUCUUGUGGACAUUAUUCUCGGGGGUCAUGAUCACUUUUACGGCCAUGCUGUUGUCAAUGGAAUUCAUGUGAUGCGGUCAGGCACUGAUUUCAAACAAUUGAGCUACAUCGAAGCUUUCCGCAAACGCGAUGGUUUGCCUGGUUGGGACUUCAACAUUAUGCGACGGGAUGUUGUUCGCUCAAUUCCCGAAGACCCUGAUACAGUGGCAAUGGUGGCCCGGCUUACUUCCAGCCUCAAGGCCAAACUAGACAAGCCAAUUGGAUUUACAGUCAGCCCGCUCGAUGGCCGGUUUUCUACUGUGCGACAGCGUGAAUCUAAUUUGGGGAAUUUUGUCUGCGAUCUGAUGCGCUUCUAUUAUGCGGCCGAUUGUGCCAUGAUGGCGGGUGGCACAAUUCGCGGCGAUCAAAUCUACCCGCCCGGCAUACUGAAACUGAAAGAUCUGCUGAAUUGCUUCCCUUUCGAAGACCCUGUGGUAUUGCUGCGCGUUCGUGGCCAUGCAUUGCUGGCUGCACUCGAAAAUGGGGUUAGCCAGCUCCCCGCGCUCGAGGGCCGAUUCUUGCAGGUAUCCAAUAUCAACUACGGGUUUAAACUGGACGCACCGUCCGGGUCGCGCAUUACAUUCGCUCGUAUUGGCGACGAGCCCGUUGACUUAGAGCGUGACUAUCUUCUCGCCACACGUGGCUAUAUGGCUCGAGGAAAAGACGGGUUCGCCUCAUUGCUUAUCCAGGCUGAAGGAGGCGUUGUGGAGGAGCUUGUCUCUGAGGAAAACGGUGUGCUCAUCAGUACAAUCUUACGGCAAUAUUUCCUAAGUCUCAAAGUACUCGGGAAAUGGAACCGUUGGAGUGCCAGUUUAGGCCGCCACUGGGGUAUUGUACAUCGCAAUCUGCACGGUGAAGGCUGGUUGAAGCCAGCGUCCCUCAAAAGCGAGGAGAAAAAAGCAGACGAUAGAGUGAACCGCCAGCCUAAUCCCCGACGGACAGCCCGGUCAGCAUACUACUACGGUCGAUUUCCCGAAGAAGUUGAACAGGGCGACAUUAUCACCGGGGACGAGGCGAAUGGCAAUGCCAUGGACUCGGACUCGGAUGAGGAUCCAGACAUCCUCACAUCCUCGGGACCAAUCACUAAUUACGUCACUCAGCCAGCGAAAUCAUCCGCUGAAGAGGAGCAUCGUCUACAAGUUGCGCGGCGAGUUGUCCGAAAAUGGAUGCGGCACGCAGGUCUGCAAUGCACAAAGUUGAAUACUAUGGACGGCGAAGGGGAAUUCACUCCGGCCUGGACAUCGGGAAUCUCUCCUCGGUUGGAAGGACGCAUUGUGGUAGAGUAG